AUGGGCGCCAGUCGCACACAGCCGGACGAAGAUGGCAGCUAUGCCGGUGCGGCGGGCGGGGGUGGCGGGCAGGGCGAGAAGGCCUCGACCUUUCGCGCAUCCAUUGAGCGCGGCAUCCGGGUGUCUGUCGAGGCGUUCCGCGGAUCGGCGGAACAAGAAACCCCCAAGGGGGAGGGCGUGGAGCCCAGCGCGCAUAUGCUCGAGAAGCGAGGCGGGCAGAGCUCGCUGCUGCAUGCCAUACCGGAGGAGGCGCGCGUGGGAGUGGAUUUCAGGGGGGUCAGCGGCUGGGUGCCGGCAACGUUUCAGAUGCCCGGGAUGGGAGGUGCGCUGCGGAGGCGGGUGAGGAGCGCGGUGGCCGGCGGGAAGGGGGGCGGGGCGUCGGCGACCGCCAAGAGACAGAUUCUGUACAACAUCUGCGGCAGUGUGUCGCCAGGGGAAGUGCUGGCGCUCAUGGGACCAUCAGGAUCUGGGAAGACGUCGUUCAUCUCUGUUCUUGGCGGAAGGAAGCCAAAGUUGAUGGAUGCUGAGGGGGACAUUCUUUUUAAUGGCAAGCCACUGGACAAAGCGAUGAAGAGGCGAGUGGGUUUUGUUCUUCAGGACGAUCUCAUGUACGCCUCCCUGACCGUCGAGGAGACCCUGUACUUUGCCGCCAUGCUGCGACUGCCCAAGACCAUGACGAGGUUCGAAAAAAAGGAGCGUGUGGAAUCCGUCAUCUCUACCCUGGGUCUCACGAAGUGCCGCGACACGCUCAUAGGCGGCUUCAUGAUGAGAGGCGUGUCGGGCGGGGAGCGGAAGCGCGUGUCUGUGGGGCACGAGCUGCUGAUCGACCCCGCAUUCCUACUGCUAGACGAGCCCACAAGCGGCCUUGACGCCACCACUGCCAUGAACCUGCUGACGACCCUGAGGCUGCUGGCGCAAGGCGGCCGCACGGUGCUGACGACCAUCCACCAGCCCUCCAGCCGCAUCUACAGGCAGCUGGACAAUGUACUGCUACUGAGCGAGGGCCACACAAUGUACUACGGGUCGGGAAAGCUUGCCAUCGAGUGGUUCGGCAAGCUGCACUACAGGUGCCCGUAUGGGGUCAACAUCGCGGACUACAUUUUGGACUUGGCUAACGGCGACAUGCUGGCCGAUGGCAGCCGCGACGACGAAGCCAGAGAGGGGCUCAUCGCAAGGUACCGAUACUUUGGGGACUCGCACCCCAAUGGCCUGCAGAGCGAGUCCGAGCUUGAGGGCGCCGACCUGCCGACGAGCGUCAAGAGCCUCGACGAGGACGCGGCCGUCCUGCAGGUCAAGGUCACGGAUGGACGGAACGUGGAGCCUCUGGAGGAGGCCGACUCGCCGGUGAAGAAGUCCGAUCGGUGGGGCGCCAGCUACGGGGGCCAGAUCGCCAUUCUGUUCCAGCGUUGCGUGAAGGUUCGGCGCACGGACGCCCUUGGACUGCAGAACUACCUGCGGCUGCUGCUGGUCGCCGCGAUCGCAGGCAUCUUGUGGUGGCAGGUCGGUGGCGACGACACCCUGUUGGCAGCCUCUGACGUCAUCGGCCUCCUGUUCUUCGAGAUGCUCUUCAUGUCCUUCUACGCCAUGUUCCGCGCCCUCUUCACCUUCCCCAACGACUUCAACAUGAUGCUCAAGGAGCGCCGCAGCGGCAUGUACCGCCUGUCCACCUUCUACAUCGCCCGCACGCUCUCCGACCUGCCCAUGGACUGCACCAUCCCCACGCUCUUCGUCAUAAUCGUCUACUGGUCCACCGGCCUGAGGGUCACCGCGGGGGCCUUCUUCGCCAACUGGCUGUCCAUCAUGCUGGUCACCCUCGUGGGCCAGAGCCUGGGCAUGCUCAUAGGAGCCGCUGUGAUGGACGUCCAGCAGGCCCAGACCAUCACCAGCGUGCUCAUGCUCGGCCUGAUGCUGGUGGGAGGCUUCUACGUGAGGGACGUGCCUGACUGGGUGGGGUGGCUAAAGUACGGCAGCUUCAUGUGGUGGGGCUUCAGCCUGCUGAACAAGAUAGAGUUUGGGGACAGGUCUUUCGUGGACUGCGGGGGCCUGGGAGAGGCCACAGACGGGCCGGUGCAGUGCGUGCCUGUGGACAGCCUGAAGGAGGCGCUCAACCUGCCCACGGACGUCAACGACAGCGUCUGGCCAGAGGUGACCUUCCUUCUGUCCUUGCUGGUCGUCACGAGGGCGGUGAUCUACUACGUGUUGCAGAGGAAGACCCGCUCCUGA